UGUCGGUGACGGAGACGGGAGGCCACACUGUUCCGAGUGUUGGCCGUGCGUACGGCUCAACACAGCCAUCAGUAUUGUCUCAGUUCUGUUCUCUGCGUGGUGUGUUUUUCUGAUUUCGAUCAUGUUUUCAAAAUUUCGGAACAGUGAUCUAGCGAUGAUUGCCUUAGCUCUAGAAGAAGAAGAAAACGAGGAUGCGCUGAAAAAGAGGAGACAAAGAAUGAGAAAAUGGGUGGACAGUGUAUGGAAAUCAAGACCCAUAGAGGGAGAAUUUAUCACCCUGUUUCCUCGUCUCAUGGAUGAUGACAUCAAGUUCUACGGAUAUUUUCGAAUGACACGAAAUACCUUCCAUCUUCUCCUCAACAAGUUGGAAGAAAACCUGAAGAAGAAGGAUACUUUCUGGAGGAAAUGUAUUCCACCAAGAGAACGUUUGGCGGUGUGCUUAAGGUUUCUUGCAACUGGGGAUACUUUCAAGACAAUUUCCUAUAGCUACAGGCUGGGCAGAUCAACUGUAGCUGCUAUUAUUUACAGUACAUGUAAAGCAAUUGUGGACGUCAUUCAAAACGAGGUCAUGCCUGUGCCAGAUGAAGCAAAAUGGAACAUUGUGUCAUCUGAGUUUUGGGUAAAGUGGCAGUUCCCUAACUGCAUCGGUGCUUUGGAUGGGAAGCAUGUUACAAUUCAAGCUCCGAAGUUAUCAGGCAGUUUGUACUGGAAUUACAAACACUCAUACUCCAUUGUACUUCUUGCCUUAGUUGACCCAUGCUACAAGUUCAUUGCCGUAGACGUCGGAGCUUACGGAAAAAAUUCGGAUGGAGGUAUUUUUGUAAACUCUAAUUUUGGAAGAGCUCUGGAGAAUCGCCAGCUCAAUGUUCCCACGAGUAGAGCACUACCUGGAACAAAUGUCGAACUGCCAAUGGUAAUUGUAGCCGAUGAAGCCUUUCCUCUCAAAAGUUACAUGAUGAGACCUUAUCCAGGAAAAGGUUUGACAGAUGACAGGAGGAUAUUUAAUUACCGUCUAAGCCGAGCCAGGAGGAUUUCUGAAAAUGUGUUUGGAAUUUUAGCACAGAAGUUUCGCAUAUUCUUCCGACGGUUGCAAGGAAAACCUGAAAACACAACUACUUUAAUACUAGCUGCUUGCGUCCUCCACAAUUUCAUAAGAGAAAAUGAAGGAAGUAACAUGGCAGAAUUAAAUGAAAGCAACGAGGGUAUUGAGGGCAACUGCUUUCUUGAAGACCUACCACGUGUACGAGGAGGGUCAGCAAGAGAAGCGUUUGCUGUGCGAGACACAUUCAAGGAUUUCUUCAACUCUCCAGCUGGAAGUGCAGAGUGGCAAGCAAGGGCUGCACUGGCAGUAUAAUGCACCCAAGAUUUAAGGGGUUUCUGCAUAAUAUAUCAAUACAUAGUGUAAUAUAUUUUCAUAUUGAUUUUUGCGCAAGUUGUAGUUAAAAAUAAAAUAAAGCUCACUUUCGUUUUUUUCGAAUACCCGAAAAUAUGUAUUUACCCUUUUUUUGCACAGGAAAUGUUAGAUAUCUCAAAACCAACUUAAGAUAUCUAACUGAAAUAU